CAGAUCACGCUACUGACGGGCAUGCGCAGUAACGCGUUUACGAGUUAUCAUCCGCGCCCUUUUUCCCCUUCAAUCUUAUUCAUUUGUAUUUCUCGUGAUAUACAUGAGCCUUCACAUUUACCUGUUAAUUUAUGGAGGAUAAUUUCCCGCCUUUCUUUGUCUUUUGUGUCAUCUAAAUUGGUAAGCAUUCCGAAAGGUUUUGAGCACAAUCCUUUGGCGACUGAGAGUUGUAAAUUCAUUUGGUGACUUUAUACCAAGAUGUUUAUUUCCACGCUAACAUUCAUGGUGCUUUGGGUCGUUGCUCUGGCAACAGCCCAAACCACACCCACUUCCACGAUGUCAGAACCACCAAUGGAUGAAUGGUACCCCUUCAAGAAUCCAGGAGAGAUCCUCCCAGAUGGGGCAUUAACGAUACCUUACAUCCUGAACGUUGUAGGUGGGUUCUGGACACAGUAUCGUCUGAUAGACUCCUACGUUUACCUCUGCUCCGCAGUGCUUCCAGAGUUGGAAGAGAGAAUCCCGGAAAUAGGCAAUAUGAGUGGCAUGUGGAAACCGGUUUGUGAGGAGGUCAUCUCUGCGAGGAACAACGAGGAUGGAUUCAAUGCCACAGAGUUCUGCAAUGCUAUUGUGGCUUUGGGAAUGGGCGUCCUAACAGCAGAAUCCAACAUGACCGCUUGGAAUGGCUCUGGAGAUAUGUCAGGCAUGCCCGGAAUGGGCAUGAUGGACAUGCCAUCAGGGGACACCAUGACGCCUGGCCCUGGUGGGAACCCCGAGGAUCUAUCCAUGCUGUUCUCACCCCUGCUUGAAUCAGCUGCCAGCGUUGCCCAGGAGCUCUAUGGAAUCAAUAUCAGCAAUCCUAUGACAAUAUGCCCUCAAGCUCACCACUUCCUAGAGCCAUCUUUGCCGAAAUUGAUCUACGAUUUCGAGACGAAGAUGUUGAGCAAUAUGUUGACUUCGGGAGAAUUCGGGUGUGAUAUUGUGGACGAGAUACUAGGAGAUGUAGGGAUUAAUUCCACCUCACCCCUAUAUCCGAUUGCCCAGGAGAUUGAAGCACUUGUUUAUGAAGCCUUGGGAUUCGAUAGCAAGCAGGAGCUCUGUGAAGAAAUCACCAAAGCAUUGGCGAUUUCAGAAGCUGAAGACCUGGCAACAGAAAUCGUUAACCAUCUCUUUUUAAUCCUAACCGACGAGGAUGAGUGUAGGACUAUCGCCCAUGGCGUCGUAGACAUCAUCAAUGACGUCAUAAUGAUGAUGACCCCAAUGGAUAACUCGACAUACAUUCCUUGGUCUAUAACCGAUGAUGUCAUCUACCAGUAUACCGGAUUCAUGAGCAUCGAGGAGAUAUGUGAAAAUGUUGAUAAGAACUUCUCUGGAUGUCACUCAAAAGGUUUCGACCGAGAUGCGUGUAACAUCUGUUCCCUGUCAACGGAAGAUGGCGCCCCAUCAUUUCUCUCAUCCGAUCACAGAGACUGCGACAUGAAGUGUCCCAUGGAUAUGGACUUCGGAGCAAUGAACAACGAAUGUGGCUUCUGCGUCCUCGGUGUUACAGGGUUGGAUAUGAAUGAAGGUUUGAAUGAAUGCAACGAAUGCGGAGAAGAUACAUCAUGCAUAGGCUGUGACGGAGAACCAAACAGGUGUAACCGGGUCCUUAUGUCGAAUUGCACCUUUUCCCUCAGCCUUCAAUUUGUGGAGUAUGGCUUUGAACAUUUCAUUACAUCCAUCGAAUGCAGCAUCUUUACAGAUCGAAUUGACGGUGCUUCAAAAAGUGACGCUGCAAACCGUACCGAAGAGUGA